AUGUCGCGCAAAUCCACUGAAAAUUCCAAUGCAAGUUUGCUAAAAUUCUUUUCACCUGUUCGGAAAGAAGCCACCAAGAAUGACAAGCCAGCCACCAAUAGCGCACCCUUUAAUACGUACUUUCUUCCCUUUAACGUAACGAAAACCAUGACCAUGGCCCCAAUAAAUCGCUUCCAGCAUCCUGUAGCACCGAAUUUUGCUGAAAUG